GGUGCUGCACAUUAUUAGUAAACAUUGGAACGUUUGUUGAUGGGUAGACAUUGUUAUUUUAUUUUGUUUGUAGAUGUGCAUUAGGGACAUUCACUUUUGAAUUAGGGCUACUUUAGUUCCUGUAAGCUUCAGAAGUUUGUAUUUGUGCUUGUCAAUCACAACUAUGACUCUCCGAGCGUGUCAGAGUACGACACGUGCUUUGUUAGCUAGAAAUCUGAGCUGGCGAGCUGCUACUGCCUUAGUCCGGUUACUUGGGAAAAAGUAUUCUGAGAAAAAUAGCCCUUACAGCACUACAGCCGGAAAGGAAUCAGAGAAAGUCGCCGGGCGGACUGUGGUGAAGGAGAGGAGGGGGUCAGUGGUCACCGUGGCGAUCAACCGGCCCGAGGUGCGGAACGCGGUGAACCAGGAGACGGCUGGACGGCUGCUGGACGAGCUCACGGCCUUCGACAGCGACCCCGCCCUGACCGUAGCAGUGCUGCAUGGCAACGGAGGGAAUUUCUGUGCUGGUUACGAUCUGAAAGAGCUGGCCCAUCACACUGCCUCCCUCAAAUUGGAGCAAGAUGUCACCAAAGGUCCUGCUCCUAUGGGUCCCUCCCGACUGGUGCUGUCCAAGCCGUUGAUAGCAGCGGUCAGUGGCUACGCAGUGGCUGGAGGGCUGGAGCUGGCUCUGUUGGCUGACCUGAGAGUGGUGGAGGAGAGUGCUGUCAUGGGGGUGUUCUGUCGCAGAUUUGGCGUCCCCUUGAUUGAUGGGGGUACAGUCCGGCUCCCCCGUCUCAUUGGUCUCUCCCGGGCUAUGGACUUGAUUCUGACUGGAAGACCCAUUGGGGCACAGGAGGCCUUAGCCUUCGGAUUGGCUAACAGAGUGGUACCGGAUGGCCAAGGUCUACAAUUUUCUCUGGAGCUAGCUGAGCAGAUCAGCACCUUCCCCCAGCAGUGCAUGCGUGCAGACCGCUCCUCUGCCUUCUACAGUGUCUAUGAUGCCCCCUCCUUCAGCUUGGCCUUGCAGUACGAAAUGGACCAUGGAGCGCCAAUCAUCCAGACUGAGUCUGUCGCCGGGGCAACCACGUUCAGCUCAGGGACAGGAAGAGGCGGGAAAUUCUCCGCAAAGCGCUAGUAACACUUUAUUUAGGUAUGCCUAUUUUUCAUUUGCAACUGCAACCUGUCCAAGAUAAAGCAUAGCAUUUUGACAUAUACAACAACACAGAGUAAUACAUGGAAUAAAUAAAACAUAGUCAGUAAUACAGUAGAAAAAAAAAGAAAGAAAAAAGUCUAUAUACAGUGAGUGCAAAUGAGGUAAGAUAAGGGAGUUAAGGCAAUAAAUAGGCCAUGGUGGCGAAGUAAUUACAAUAUAGCAAUUAAACACUGGAAUGGUAGAUGUGCAGAAGAUGAAUGUGCAAGUAGAGAUACUCGGGUGCAAAGGAGCAAGAUAAAUAAAUACAGUUUGGGGAUGAGGUAGUUGGAUGGGCUGUUUACAGAUUGGCUAUGUACAGGUGCAGAGAUCUGUGAGCUGCUCUGACAGCUGGUGCUUAAAGCUGAGGGAGAUAUGAGUCUCCAGCUUCAGUGAUUUUUUUGCAGUUUGUUCCAGUCAUUGGCAGCAGAGAACUGGAAGGAAAGGCGGCCAAAGUAUGAAUUGGCUUUGGGGGUGACCAGUGAGCCAUACCUGCUGGAGCACGUGCUACGAGUGGGUGCUGCUAUGGUGACCAGUGAGCUGAGAUGAGAUGGGGCUUUACCUAGCUGAGACUUGUAGAUGACCUGGAGCCAGUGUGUUUUGCGACGAGAGUGAAGCGAGGGCCAGCCAACGAGAGGGUACAGGUCGCAGUGGUGGGUAGUAUAUGGGGCUUUGGUGACAAAACGGAUGGCACUGUGAUAGACCGCAUCCAAUUUGUUGAGUAGAGUGUUGGAGACUAUUUUGUAAAUGACAUCGCCAAAGUCGAGGAUCGGUAGGAUGGUCAGGUUUACGAGGGUAUGUUUGGCAGCAUGAGUGAAGGAUGCUUUGUUGCAAAAUAGGAAGCCGGUUCUAGAUUUCAUUUUGGAUUGGAGAUGCUUAAUGUGAGUCUGGAAGGAGAGUUUACAGUCUAACCAGACACCUAGGUAUUUGUAGUUAUCCACAUAUUCUAAGUCAGAGCCGUCCAGAGUAUUGAUGCUGGACGGGUGGGCAGGUGCGGGCAGUGAUCGGUUGAAGAGCAUGCAUUUAGUUUUACUUGCAUUUAACAGCAGUUGGAGGCUACGGAAGGAGAGUUGUAAACAUGACUACAUAGUGUAUGACUAUGUACACUACAUGACCAAACGUAUGUGGACACCUGCUCAUCGAACAUCUAAUUCUAAAAUUAUGGGCAUUAAUAUGGAGUUGGUCCCCCCUUUGCUGUUAUAACAGCCUCCACUCUUUUGGGAAUGCUUUCCAUUACAUGUUGGAACAUUGCUUCCAUUCAGCCACGAGCAUUUGUGAGGUCGGCACUGAUGUUGGGCAAUUAGGCCUUGCUCGCAGUCGGCGGUCCAAUUCAUCCCAAAGGUGUUUGAUGGAGUUGAGGUCAGGGCUCUGUGCAGGCCAGUCGCGUUCUUCUACACCGAUCUCGACAAACCUUUCCUGUAUGGAACAUGCUUUGUGCACAGGGGGAUUGUCAUGCUGAAACAGGAAAGGGCUUAUACCAAACUGUUCCCACAAAGUUAGAAGCAGAAUCGUCUAGAAUGUCAUUGUAUGCUGUCGCGUUAAGAUUUCCCUUCAGUGGAACUAAGGGGUCUAGCCCUAACCAUGAAAAACAGCCCCAGACCAUUAUUCCUCCUCCACCAAACUUUACAGUUGGCACUAUGCAUUGGGGCAGGUAGCAUUCUCCUGGUAUCUGCCAAACCCAGAUUUGGCCAUCGGAUUGCCAAAAGGUGAAGCGUGAUUCAUCACUCCAGUUUUCACUGGUCCAGAGUCCAAUGGCGGCGAGCUUUACCCCACUCCAGCUGACGCGUUGCAUUGCGCAUGGUGAUCUUAGGCUUGUGUGCGGCUGCUUGGCCAUGGAAACCCAUUUCAUUAAGCUCCUGACGAACAGUUAUUGUGCUGACGUUGCUUCCAGAGGCAGUUUAGAACUCGGUAGUGAGUGUUGCAACCGAAGACAGGCAAUUUUUACACACUUCAGCACUCGGCAGUCCCGUUCUGUGAGCUUGUGUGGCCUACCACUUCGCGCCUGAGCCAUUGUUGCUCCUAUAUGUUUACACCUCACAAUAACAGCACUGUGUUUUGGAUGGGACGUUAUGGUGUCCUGAGUCUCUGUGGUCACUAAAGAUCCCAUGGCACUUAUCGUAAGAGUAGGGGUGUUAAUCCUGGUGUCCUGGCUAAAUUCCCAAUCUGGCCUUCAUACCAUCAUGGCCACCUGAUCACCCGAGUUUACAAUUGGCUCAUUCAUCCCCCCUCCUCUCCCCUGUAACUAUUCCCCAGGUCGUUGUUGUAAAUGAGAAUGUGUUCUCAGUCAACUUACCUGGUAAAAUAAGGGUUCAAUAAAAAUUAAUUUAAAAAAACUUACAGUUGACCAAGGCAGCUCUAGCAGGGCAGAAAUUUGACGAACUGACCUGUUGGAAAGGUGGCAUCUUAGUUAAAUAAAGGUAGCAUUUAAAAAAUAUAUAUAUAAUAAUGACUGUGCCACGUUGAAAGUCACUGAGCUCUUCAGUAAGGCCAUUCUACUGCCAAUGUUUGUUUAUGGAGAUUGCAUGGUUGUGUGCUCGAUUUUAUACACCUGUCAGCAACGGGUGUGGCUAUAAUAGCCGAAUCCACUACUUUUGUAUAUAUAAUGUAUAUGUACGUAGUUUUUUCUUCAUGAUUUAUAAAUGAUACCAGGUCCACUAAAUGGUUUAUAGAUGGUAAACACGUAUACAUGGUUUACUAAUGGUUAGAAAAAACUCAUUCAUAAUGGAUUAUUAGCCGACUGUCCACCUUUUUCCCACCAUUUUGCAUCACACGGUGUCAUAAUGGUGUGUCAGAUACAACCUCCGUGGGGCAAAUGACAAAGUCAUACAAACAAUGACAGAACCUCACCAGCUGCUUAUCUGUACAGUCUAUUUCAUAAUGAUCCCCCACAUACCAAAGGUUCUUUAAAGUUAAAUCACUACGCUCGACAAUUGUGGUUGGUAUACCACCCUCAUAUCUAGAGGAAUUAGAGGGAGGGCUAGUAGGGGUAUGGAGGCUGAUUGAAAGAAGAAAACCUUUGAAAGACAAAGACUGGAAAGCAGCAAUAGCAUCAAAAGCACCAGCACUAUACUGGCAUUGUUUCUGGUUGGAGUUGUACAAUGGUUGUGUGAUGUGUGGGGUCUUGGGUCUACCACCAGACUAUACUGUAGUAAGAUGGUGGUGUGGAUAUUUUUGUGUGGAAAUGCCAUGUUUAGAGGAAUAAUUACUGUGUGAAGAAUGACUGUGAGUGUGUUUAUGCCUGUGUGUAUGUGUGUGUUCCCACAUGUUUAUGUCUGUAUAAUUAGUGUGGAAUAUUUAGCAGUCCAAGUGAACUUGGUGUUAUGAGUGAACAUUCCUCUGGUGGACAGCUCCCCCUCAAUUAUCUGUGUGUGUGUGUGGGUGUUUGUGCGCACAUGCAUAUGUGUGAGAGAUGAUUUAGCUUGGAAGCAGAGAAAGUAGUACCCUAAGGCAGGAGUGUGUGUGGUGUGUGUGUAUGGUAUAUCCACACACACACACA